AUGGCGCUGGACAGAGACCCUUCCAGUCUGGAACCAUUUGUGGGGUGGGCGUCGCACGGUGGGGCACAACGGGCACGUUGUCGAAAGAGGCUCAUUACACAAAUCCAUCCCGACCACACCGCUCAGGAGAGUACUCCGCCUCCUGGCCCUGACGCUGAUGCUAUUGUAAGAAAGAAAACUGCGUGCCCGCCUUCUUUCCCACCUGCGCCUGCUGACAUCGAGUACAGAGGAAUCCUCGAGUUCAUUGCACUGGCAUGCGGCCUUUUCCUGUCCUUCUUUCCCGACGAUGCAGACGACGAAUUUGACGCAUGGAACCCUUCCCGGCGCACCUCCCGCGAAACGGGACAUUGGCCAACCGAUUUCUCCGCCGACAUUCAUCCCGUGGCCUGCCACUCGCACAAUGACUACUGGCGGAAAGAACCCCUGUUUUCGGCUCUCAAGGCUGGCUGCACAGGAGUCGAGGCCGAUGUGUGGCUAUACGACCAGGAUUUAUACGUCGGACAUUCCACAGCCUCCCUGACACCGGAACGAACGCUCCGCAGCUUGUACAUCAACCCAUUGCUGAAAAUUCUAGACCAACAAAAUCCUCAUACAUCCUUUCAUCCCUCGCGGGACAACCCCCGAAAUGGCGUCUUCGACACAAAACCCUCUCAGUCCCUGGUCCUUUUGAUAGAUUUUAAGAACGAGGGCCAUAGGGUCUGGCCCCAUGUCUCUGCACAGCUCCAACCUCUGCGAGAGAGGAAGUUCCUCAGUUACUUCAACGGCACCAGCUUUGUCGAGGGUCCCAUUACUGUUGUGGUCACAGGCAAUGCACCCUGGGACGAGGUUGUGGCAAACUCAACAUAUCGCGACUUGUUCUUUGACGCACCUCUUGGCUUGAUGGGAAAGUUAGCUGACGAUAGCGACGCUCCUGAGCCUGCCAAGGACACGCAAGGCGGUGCGCUAGAUAUGCGCUGGAGUCAAAACCAAGGUCAAGGCCGUUCUGGUGCUGCGCCUGCAGAUCCCACAAUCUACUCCCAAGCCAAUUCUUACUACGCCUCUGUCUCUUUCAAUUCGGCCAUUGGUUGGCCCUGGCGUGGCACCCUUUCUCGUCGUCAGCUCGAAAUGAUGCGCAAGCAGAUCGCUGGAGCUCACGCACGCGGACUCAAAGUCAGGUACUGGAGCGUGCCCAGCUGGCCGAGAGGAAUGAGAAAUUAUCUCUGGCGGACCAUGGUGAAAGAAGGGGUGGAUUAUUUGAAUGUUGACGAUUUGAAAUCAGCCACCUCGGGUGAUUGGAAUUGGAACAAGAAAGGUCCGUGGUUCAGUGGGCCGUGGAAGUUUUGGCCAUCCAAGACCGCUGCAUAG